GAACACGAGCAUAAUGGCGUUCUUGUUUACUAGUAAACCGGCGAGUUUAGUGAAAUGUCGCUUUUUUUGUCAUUUUUAAGUUUUAGGAUUUAGAUUCUAAGUCCGAGAGUGUGGUCGAGCGCAACCUGUGAACUUUAAAAAGGUUUCUUUCAUUAUUCACUUGCCGUAGAAGAACGUUUUCCCAUAUUUCUGGGAGCGCAACACAGUCUGACCCUUAAGCUAAGCUACUUACUUAAUUUAUUUUAGAAGAUGGAUAACCGACCUGGAAUUCGACCAAGGAUGGACGAUAGAGGGGCCAAACGCCCGUGGAGAGAUUCCCAAGGAGACGGAGGGGGUAGAGGCAGAGGAGCAGGGUAUGGAGGUCCUCCUCCUUUCCGGUUUAGAGGUGGCCGAGGAGGUAGAGGAGGUGGACGAGGAGGCGGAGAUAUGGGAGGCAAUGACAUGGGUGGAGGUCAUGAUCCCCAAGAUGGUCCCUUUAUGGAACGUGAUGAGUUUUUCAAAGGCAACUCCUUUGGACGAGGUGGACCACCAGACCGAAAAUUUGACAGAGGCCCCCCGGGACACCCUGACCGAGGAAUGCCAGACAGAGGUAUGCCUGACCGUGGAAUGCCAAAUAGAGGAAUGCCAGAUCGAGGAAUGCCGGACCGAGGAAUGCCAGACAGAGAUAUGCCAGAUCGGCCUCCACCUGACAGAGAUUUACCCAAUGAUAGAUUUAGAGCAGACGGUCCUCCACCAGAGUUUGUUAAGCCAGAAGUACCAGCUCUAGGUCAAGAUAGAACUAAUGAUGUCGAAAUUAUUGUUGUGAAUAGACAUCUAACAGAGUAUGCAGAGAUAGUUGAAUCUCACCUGAAGAACCUUGGAAUGUCAGUUGAUCUCCUUUUUCCGAAUGAAGAUGUCCCACUGGGGAGGGUUCUAGCCAACAUCUCAAGUAGAGGAACUCUUUACGCUUGCUUGGUUCUCCCAGCCAAUGCCGAACAUCGUAGUUUAACAGUUAAUAUCCUCCAUGGGCAGCCCCAAGAGCAUCGAAACAUGCCCCUUCAAGAUGCUUUGAAACUAAUUACAAGGGAUUUUGAUUCGUAUCGGCUACAAAAUGAAAAAGGACCUGGAGGAAUCCCUCUUCAAGACCUCACUCCUUCUACUAGCCAGCAUCCAGAACCUAUUCAAAUGUUACUGAAUGCUCUCGCAGCCAACAGACAAGUAACCGUUCUUCAGUUUGACAAAAUCAUCGCUUACCUUCGCGAAAAGAGGGAAGUGCAGUUGAAAUUAGAAGUUGGAGAUACUAAAUUGCCCAGCACCACAGAACCAAAUCCUGCAAAUCCUCAGCAAGCAGAACUGCAACACCGUAUCUUGAACAUACUGAAUCAGUCGGGUGGCUCUGGCAAUCCUGCCGGCAACGGACCUCAACGAGGCCCAUUUAAUGGACCUCCUCAGAAAGGUGGACCUCCCCAACAACAAAACAGACCCGGUGGCCCAGGGGGUCCUCCUGGCUCAAACCCUCCAUUAUUAAAUGAUCCAAAUGUCCAAAAAGCUAUCGAUAACCUUCUUCAAGGAGACCUCAUGAAAAAAAUAGGUCCCAAUUCAAAUCCUCCCUCCCAGCCUCUCUUUGGAGCUUUCGCAAAUAAUUCAGGUGGUGGACCCCCUGGUGGUGGCCGAGGAAGAGGGAGAUUUUAGAUUCUAAGUAUUUGGUUCUAAUUUAGGUCAUGCUAACACCUGACAUGAAAGUUGUGCCACUUGAAAAAGUCCCGUAAAAAUUCUCCUAAAUAUGACCCUUGUACAUUUUAUAAACCAGUUAGGAGUCUCAGAAUGUAGUUUUGCUGGUCAAAUCUUGCAGACUGCAGAAAAUAGAAGUGAUCUGUUCCAAAGCCAAAUUUCUGCAUCAAGAAAAACGCUGUAGAAAAUAUUAUCCGUUAAGCUUUUUGAAGAUAGGUAAAUUCUCGAUGAGGAAGGUUGGCAAUGCAGAGAAUCUCACUAUUUUUUGCUGGUUUGUCUGAUUGAACCAUGGAAACAAGAUUCUACUUCUGGUGCAACCAAUUCAAUUCAUGUGUACAAUAUUCUUAAUUCUUCACCACUCAUUUAAGAUCGUAAGUACCUUACUUUAAAUCUUUUUUUCUUGGAAAGUUAAGAUUUCCUAUUUACUUUCCCUUUCUCUAUAAGCAGCAUUAAACCAUCAUGUUUUUAAAGGGGCAAUCAACAGUUAGUAUGCGUUGCCCUGUCUGUCUACUUUUUCUAUUUUCAUCACCAUUGUAUUCUAAUUUUUUUUUUUUUUGAGUCUCCGUCAAGUCAGCAAGCUUUGUGUAUUUAUGAAUGGUUUUACUCAAGAUGAUGAUGAAUAUGUUUGUAUCAUUAGUGCAAGUAAUUGUUACAGUUUUGUUUUUUGUUUAUUUAUUCAAUGGUCUGGAAAUUAUUCUGUCAUGACAACCAUCAGCGAAAGCGUUUUGCGAAACAAUUGCUUACUCUGUGAAAUUCUCGUAAGCCUGAAUCAAACUUUUUUGUAUUCUGACAAAGCCUUAUUCUGCUAAAGCUACAAACACAGUAACAAAAGAAAUACCUCAUUAGUAAGAACUUUCAAACAACAAUUUUUAUCAGUGUAAAAUGGAGAUAGCCUCUAGUAUUGAGAUCAGUUCAGGAGAAACCAUUAAUUUAGAGAGUAACAGGAAGGAAAGCUUGUAUUUUGUACGCUCAAAAUAUAUUUUUAAAAGUCAAAUUAUAAAAAUAUUGAACAACAUUACAAUCUUUAAGACAAUUUCUCUGUAAUGCUAUUUCUACUAAACUGAAAUGUAAAUAGACUGGCCACAUUUCAUGGAAAUGUUUGGUUUUAUAUUUUGGACAGGAAAACAAGUAGGGAAAGAGCAAACAGGAGCAGAAUGUGGAAGUAAAGAAAGUGCUCAAUUUCUCUUUUUUAUAAACAAAUAAAAUUAAUUACAUACGACCCUAGACCAAUAAAAUUGAAUGACAGUUGAAUUGUACCUUGGCGGAAAUUUAUCGCACUUCAUUUUUGGAGUCAAACUAAUUUAUUCAACCUAUUAAUUCACCUUGAGUUUUAAAGGCAUUGCACUCGUAUUUUACUUUUUGGACUCUUUUUAAAAAAAAAUAAAAAAUAAAAUAAAUAAUUAAUUAAUAAAAUUACUGUUGUACCUAUUCAAAUGCCAUAACUUUUUGUUGUCUAGUUUCCUGAGAAAUGUCAUCUGAAUUUAUGAUUAUAACUGAAAAACGUUUUGAUGCGAUCUUUCGUCUUCUAUGGUAGAGUCUUACCUUUUCAAAUGAAUUUGAUCCAGAGAUUUUGCUUUCUUUAAAAAACUGACUCGUGUCAAAUCUGCAAUCAUACAAUUUUGUAGUUGUCUUAAGCCCGUAUGAGACUAUCAAAGUAGAGGCUUCAAAGAGGUUCAUCAAUACCUUCCCGGACACUCUCAUUGGCCAGCGGUUUAAGUUGGGGCAAUCGAUGAGUCUCUUUGAAGCCUCUACUUUGAUCGUCUGAUAUGGGCUUCAUUCAAGAGUAUAUUGAAACGUUUUCAGCUAUCAUUUCCGAAUCAUCAAUAUUCCUGUCCUGAAGCCUUUAAGAUUAUGAAUAGUGUUAGUCUUGUGAGUACUGAUUCCAGUGCAUGACACCUUUUGAUCUUACUUAAUAUUUGCAGAGGUAACUGAAAAAUGAUCAUGGAAUAGCUGGCUUUCAUAUAUUGCCUGUCCAAAAAAUUUCUGUAGUUAAUUAAUUAAUGAUUUUUUAUUCACAACCAGGUAAGUUUCUCUGUAGUUUGCUGUUAUUGAUAAAAUCAUCAGCUCUCUUCUGCCGUGCUAAGGAAAAACGCCUUAUGUACUUUCGAGAGUUGCCAACUUUCCCUGGAUAAAACGUGUAUUUUUUAAAGAGGUUAUGCAUAUUUUUUCUCAAAAUUUUCUAUAAUUUAUAAAAUUUUGAUAUAUUUUGUAUUAAAUUGUGAACCAAACUGUCGGAUAAAUUGGAAGAAAAUACUAACAACUUUUUUUUAAUAAAUUCGUAUUUGUCAAAAGAAAUGUGGCUACACCUGAAGGUUCCUAAAGCGUUUUUCCUUAGCACGGCAGUAUUAUCUAUUGUAUAUUUUUCAGAGUGAACAAAAAUCAUUGUGUAAAUAUUGAGUGAGAUGAGAGUCUGUUUAACCGGAAUGAGAUGCUCUUUUUAGUUGUUUACAUUUAGAAUUUUUGUAUUGUAUUUCCUCGUAUUUUUGCUGUGAGACAUUUUCUCAUAAUUUUGGGGAGUUCAGUGUCCAGGUUUUGUAGAAAUGGCAUCAUUCAAGUAACAGAAUAAAAUCUCUUUCUUCACA